AUGAGUGAUGAUGAGGUUGCAAGAUGGCAUGAGAAGGAGAAUCGGCUGCAUAGUAAGGUUGAUAAGAAGCUCGACGCGGCGGCGAGACGGCCAAGCCCAACGCAGAACGAGCAGGGAAAGAAUGGCGACGAGCCGAGGAAUUACCUGGAAUGGACCUCGCAGGCCCAGGAAGCCUACAAGUUUCUUGUCGAGUGUGGCGAUAAUUUGCAGAAGGACGUCGUAAAGGCAGCCAGUAUCUCGCCACGUAGCCCCUCCUCGGCCCCGACGAGUACGAGAUGCUCCUCUGACGAUAAGCCCAUUGCGAAAAUUAAUGCCACCCGGAUAUCGGCUGAUGCGGCGUCAGCUCAUGUCAGGGCAACGAUACCGAGCAACAAGAUGGGCUCUGAUUUCGUGGCUCGGCCGGCGCUGCCACCAAAAUCGUAUGUCAACACGGAAAGCAUGAAGCCACCAGAGCUUCCGCCCAAGAAGACGAGUCGCGUCGCCCCGGACGCUGGUUACGAUAAUAUCAAUGGAAUUGCAAAUUCCAAACCCUGCUCAAACUCCAAGCUACCUCCCCCGGUUCCGCCAAAGCCCAAAACACGGACGAUCCAACCGACGAUGGUGCCUGCCGAGAAAACACCGGAAUUUUCCGCUAAUUCCGCGAGGCGCCAUAUUUACGGAGGAGGUGUUGAAGUUCUAGAUUUU